AUGGGGGACACUGGAGCGACAUUUACGCGGGGAUUUGGGCAGAACGGCACGGGCGCAGAGGACACGGCCGCGUCCGAGGAGUGGAUGGUGGUCAUGAGUUUGGUGAUGGGAAUGAUCGUUUUUGGAAUAGUCUUUGGCAACAUCCUCGUGAUUGUGGCCAUAGCGAGGACACAGAGACUUCAAACUCUCACCAACGUCUUCAUCGUGUCUCUGGCCAUCGCGGACCUCAUCAUGGGGCUCCUGGUGGUCCCCUUCGGCGCUGUGCUGGAGGUGCGCGGGUCCUGGAUGUACGGCUCGUUCUUCUGUGAGUUUUGGAUUUCUGUGGACGUCCUGUGCGUCACGGCCAGCAUCGAGACCCUGUGCGUAAUCGCCAUUGACCGGUACGUGGCCAUCACCUCCCCGUUCCGCUACCAGAGCCUGCUGACCAAAGCCCGAGCCAAAGCAGUGGUGUGCGCGGUGUGGGCCAUCUCCGCGCUCGUCUCCUUCCUCCCGAUCCUCAUGCACUGGUCCCGGGACAGCGUGGACACGGACUGCUACGACAACCCCAAAUGUUGUGAUUUCGUGACUAACAGAGCGUACGCCAUCUCCUCCUCUGUCAUCUCCUUUUACAUCCCGCUCCUGGUCAUGAUCUUCGUGUACGCGCGGGUUUACAGAGAAGCCAAGAAGCAGGUGAGGAAGAUUGACCAGUGCGAGGGCAGGUUCCACAACAGUCUAACGGGACUCACGUCGAAGUGCAAGAAAAGACCGUCCAAAAUACUCGCGCUGCGGGAACAGAAGGCGCUCAAGACUCUGGGAAUAAUAAUGGGGACUUUUACUUUAUGCUGGUUACCGUUCUUCAUAGUGAACGUGGUGCGUGUGUUUUACGCAGAAGUCGUGGAUAAGAAUCUGUUUGUUUUCCUGAACUGGCUCGGUUACGUCAACUCUGCCUUUAACCCCAUCAUCUACUGCAGGAGCCCGGACUUUAGGAAAGCGUUCAAGCGGCUGCUGUGCUGUCCGCGGCAGGCAGACCGCAGGCUCCACAUCAGCUCCUGUGACUUAUCCAAGUGUGGAGGCUUCGUGCUGUCCCCUCUGGAGCCCGGGACCUUCGGGAUGUGGACAGACAACAGCGACAGCAGCCUGGUCGGGGGGGCCAAGCUGGGGCACUCUGAGUCCAGCCUCUGA